UUGAAUCUCUCAAAAAGAUUAAAUUUGUAGCAAUUUCUCCUAAGCAGAAUGAGUCCCUUAGUAAUUGUUCCACUUCUCUUCAGCCUCUUCCUCAACUUAUCAUUAGCAGAAAAUACCAUCAAUGUCCAAAAUUAUGGAGCAAAAUCCAAUGGAAAAACUGAUUCAUCAAAAGCCUUUGUGAAUGCAUGGGCAGUAGCCUGUUCUUCAACAAGCCCGACCACUAUUUAUGUGCCACGUGGAAAUUACUUGAUUCGCACUGCAUACUUCAAUGGCCAAACAUGCAAGAGCAAGGCUAUUAAUAUACGCAUUGAUGGGACUCUCUUAGCUCCCUCUGAUUAUAAUGUUAUUGGCAAUGCCGAAAAUUGGAUAAAAUUUGAAAAAGUCACUGGAGUUUCUAUCUACGGUGGAACCUUUGAUGGCCAAGGUUCUGGCCUUUGGGCUUGCAAGAACUCUCACAAGAAUUGCCCUAAGGGGACUACGGCUUUGACUUUUUACGAUUCAAACAACAUUAUACUGAGUGGAGUAACUACACAAAAUAGCCAAAUGUUUCAUAUUUUGAUAGAUACAUGUCAUAAUGUGAAGCUACAAGGAGUGAAGAUAUCGGCUCCUGGAAAUAGCCCGAACACUGAUGGAAUUCAUGUAAAGUUAUCGACAGGAGUAAGCAUUAUGAACUCACAUAUUGGUACUGGAGAUGACUGUAUCUCUAUUGGCCCUGGAAAUUCUAACUUAUGGAUUGAAGGCAUUGCAUGUGGCCCUGGACAUGGAAUUAGCAUUGGAAGCUUAGGCUGGAAAAUAGAAGAAUCAGGAGUUCAAAAUGUGACAGUUAAGACCGUGACUUUCACUGAAACAACAAAUGGUGUGAGAGUGAAGACUUGGGCAAGGCCUAGCAAUGGCUUCGUCAGACAUGUUCUCUUUCAGCACAUUGUUAUGAUUAAUGUUCAAAAUCCAAUCAUCAUAGACCAAAAUUACUGCCCUAAUCAUGAACCUUGUCCUCGUCAGGGCUCAGGCAUACAGAUAAGUGAUAUAACAUAUCAAGACAUACAUGGAACAUCGGCUACGAAAACUGCAGUGAAACUUGAUUGUAGUAAAACCAAUCCAUGCAGCAGCAUAAAACUUGAAGACUUGAAUCUUAGUUACAAAGGUCAAUCGACUGAAGCUUCAUGCAUUAAUGCUAGAGGAAGAGUUUCUGGUUUAGACAAACCUACCAAUUGCUUAUAAAAGUAUUAGAUAAUAAUUUAUUUGUAUAAUAUCAUACAGUACUACAUUCACAAAAAUUAAACUAAAGUUAUGUGUAUAUUACCAAAAGUAUUCGAUUGUAAUGUUGAAAAUUCAGUAUGUACCUCAUGUAUCAAUUUAUGUUGAAUGAAAUGUACCAGUACCGUAUUCUAAUAUUUAUGAAAAGAACCACUAAUUUGGCA